AGGCAAUACUCAUUGGAGGAAACCAUUUCCUUGGUCACCAAGCAUUACUGAGUCUCAAUAUAUAUUUUUCAAAGGAAAUACUUCACCCUCCUCAGUUGGCACAUUCUCCCUCCUCCUCCUUUUCCUAUGCCACCAAUGGCCACAAAAAUCCUCACCUUCCCGACCCACAACAACUUCGAGAGCGAUUGCCGUGAAAUCCACGACUCGUUGAGUGGCGGCCUCGGCCACCUCCUCCAUGUCCUGGUCCGGCGGAGCCGCCUUGAGAUCCUCCAAAUCAGGGGUACUUACCGGGAAAUGUAUGGAGAAGACCUCGCACAGCGGCUCCAGCAGAGUGACAGCAAUGCCGUGGAGUUGUACACUGAGGCGAGGAGGGCUCUCAUGUUAUUCCUGCUUGACCCGUAUGAGCGUGAUGCGGUUCUGGCCUGCAAGGCGAUCAAGCAGGACGAGACGAACUAUGGGGUCCUCGUCGAGAUUUUCACGGGGCGAAAGUCGAGCCAUAUCGAACUCAUUAAGCGGGCAUACCUGGCCAAGUUUCGGAGGCAUCUGGACCAAGACAUCGUCAAUAUCGAGCCCCCUCACCCUUUCCAAAGAAUUCUUGGGGCUCUCGCGACAUCUCACAAAGCCCAUGAAGUUGAUGCGAGCCAACAUAUUGCCAAGUGCGAUGCUCGGAGGCUCUACGAAACGGGGGAGGGCCAGUCUGGAGGAGGAGCGGUCGAGGAGGCGGUCGUGUUGGAGAUUCUAAGCAAGAGGAGCAUUCUUCAACUGAAGUACACUCUUUCGAGCUAUUGGCAUAUCUAUGGACAUGACUACUCCGAGUCACUGAAGAGGGGAAGCUCGAGUGAAUUUGAGGACGCACUCUACAUGGUAGUAAAGUGCAUCAUGAACUCGACUGACUAUUUUGCGGAGAAACUGUACCAGUGCAUCGAGGGGAAGAGCAGAGACAAGGGAGCCUUAAUACGCGUGAUGGUGAGCAGGGCCGAGGUCGAUCUAAAUGCAAUUCAAAGCUUUUUUAAGCGAAAAUACGGUAUCGAGCUGAAGGAUUCCAUUGCUAAAAGCAUCCCCCCAGGGGAUUACAGAGAGUUCCUCGUCGCUUUGGCAACGAAACCGACUUCUUCUGCACCAAGUACGGAGCUGGACUGAGAGAUCUAUAGGACUGAUGUUAGUUAACCUUACCUUGCAAAGUUACCUCUGACUGGAUUGUACCAUGCUUCUGGGCAAACUGCUUUAUUUGCAGUUGCUUCAGCUUUUCCAGAAAGGCUUUCGUGAAAGCAAAUGUACUCUGCUUAGCUUUUGGAAUGGAUUCUCGGGUUCGUUCGUCAGGGUCCAAUCCACUUAUAUACCGUGCAUAAUUCCAAAUCGUAAUCGGAAAAA